AUGACUGAAGCAUAACAAUUAGAAGAAUUUACAAUAUACGGGAUUCAAAGUGAAUUUAGUGCAAGAGGAUAAAUCAAAUACGAGGAUCUAAGAAUGCUCAUAUCAGAUUAUAUGUAGAUGUAGCCAAUCUUUUUCCUGGUUGUUUAAAUCCUUGAACAAGAACAUUAAAUUUAGAUAGUUGAAAAGAUCAAAAUUGAUAUCUAGACUAUCUUCUCCACUUUUAGAUCCCUUUCAUUUUUACAUGAAGUUCCUCGGUUCCUUAAUGGACGUUUAACACAUCUUAAUGUUCGCAACAUCAAAGCAGCCAUCCAACUCUAUCAUGACGGACUCCUUACGAUGAAGGAUAUCAAAGAUGCUUGUCUUAUUUUUCAUCUUCGAGAAUAGGAAUUAAUGAGUGAAGGUGUACCAUGUAAUGCAACUGAAAUUAACAAUUUAUUAUGGGCUAUUGGAAAGGCCAUAAGCAAUAGUGUUUUGGAAGAAUGGAUCAAGAGAUGCACUGAUUUUCUUCAAAUUAAGGGUUUCAUUUAAGAAUUCGAGUUUCUCUACCUUAUGGCCAACACAGUUGAUAGAUGGGCUUAUUAUGAAAAGAUUCCUAAAACUAAAAUGGAUCUAACCAGAGACCCAAAAAUGGACAAUCUCUAUGUUGUUGACUAAACUGGAUAUAAAACUGCCAAGAAUCCAGAUGCCAAAAUUCAACAUUAUAUGAAUUAUCAAUAUAAUAUGGACAAGGCUGUUUUCAAGGGCAGAUCCUUAAAGGAUAGGAAUGAAUACUAUAUUUAAAAAAGGACAUAAAAACAUCAGCAAUUCUUGAAAAACAAGGAUGCUGGCAUUGGGGAAUUUAAAAAACUCUUAAGAGAUCCUGAAUUAUAUGUUGAAAUCAAAUCCAAAUUAAAAAAUGCUUAGCAAAUUUUGAAUCAUUCUAAAUUAAAUGGAAAGAUGUUGAGAGUUUAAUUAUUAGAAGAAUUCGCAGGCUCAAAAGAAUUUUUGUAAUCUCAAAGUGGCUAACAUAAUAAAUAAUUACAAUAAGAGGAAUCAAGGAAGAGCAUACCUACAAUUAAAUAAUUAAAAGAACAUCCUCAAUUUUAGAAAUAAACUUAGAAAAUAUAGAUAUCUGAAGCUAUCGAUGAUAUUAGAUUGGAUGUUUAAUAGCAUAAAAAAAUGAUGUAAGAUCCGGCCUUUAUGACGGAAUAUCUGUAACGAGCAUCCAGUGCAGUCAGCACGAAAGCAUCUAUGAGGAGAAACACAAGUGGCAGAUUAGCAGUUCAAUCUUAAACAUCUUUGAGACCAUCAACUGCUAUCGUGAUGCCCACAUACAAUAAAAUGUCUAGACCCAUUACAGCAAUUAGUAAUCAAGAGCACUAGAAACCAAGAUUAUCACAAACAAAGAUCCCAUAAAUUUUGGAUGAGGAAAUAGAAAUAUUUGAGAAUGAACAACAGGAUAAAAAGAAUUAAAACACUGUAUUUUAUGGCUCUUCCAAUUCUACUAAGCGAUUAUAUAAUAUUGAUUUACCAUGGCAUACAUCGUCAUAGCACAAUUAAUGA